AUUUAAACCUGGCCUCAAUCGGGAUCGGCAUUACGAAAUUUCUAAUGCAACUUCCUUUUCCGUCAAUUGUCAAAAAUGGGCAUUGACAUCUGCCACAAAAACAAGAGAAAGGUCCACAGGAAGGAACCUAAAAGCCAAGAUAUCUAUCUUCGGCUCUUGGUUAAGUUGUACAGGUUCCUAGCAAGAAGGACUAAUGCCAAGUUCAACAAAAUUAUUCUUAAACGCCUCUUUAUGAGCAAGACCAACAGGCCACCGUUGUCCAUUGCAAGACUAGUUCGUUUGAUGAAAAAGCCAGGCAGGGACAACAAGACGGCCGUGGUUGUUGGAACAGUCACUGAUGACCUCAGACUCCUAGAGGUCCCAAAGCUCAAGCUGUGUGCUCUAAAUGUGACAGAGAGAGCCAGAGCUCGCAUUCUGAAGUCUGGGGGGCAGAUUAUCACAUUUGAUCAGUUGGCUCUGAAGUCUCCCAAGGGGCAGAACAGUGUUCUGAUGCAAGGACCUAGGAAGGCCCGUGGAGCUUACAGUCACUUUGGACGUGCCCCUGGUGUUCCACACAGUAGCACUGCACCUUAUGUGCGCUCCAAGGGAAGGAAGUUCGAGAAGGGAAGAGGAAGGAGAGCCAGCAGAGGUUACAAGGUGUAAUAAGUCAGACUGGUACAAUAAAAUGUAUAAAGUCCA